AUGGCGAUUCCGGGCAGGCAGAAUGGGCUUAUUUUGCCAAAGAAAGCACAGCAGUUGCACCCUGUUUUGCAAAAACCAUCAGUGUUUGGGAAUGAUUCUGAUGAUGAUGAUGAGACCUCCGUGAGUGAAAGCCUUCAGAGGGAAGCUGCUAAGAAGCAAGCAAUGAAACAGACCAAACUAGAAAUCCAGAAGGCCCUGGCAGAAGAUUCCACUGUAUAUGAAUAUGACAGUAUUUAUGAUGAAAUGCAAAAAAAGGAGGAAAAUAAUCCCAAAUUGCUUUUGGGAAAAGACCAAAAGCCCAAGUAUAUUCAAAACCUACUAAAAGCAGUUGAGAUCAGAAAAAAGGAACAGGAAAAGAGAAUGGAAAAAAAAAUACAGAGAGAAAGAGAAAUGGAGAAGGGAGAAUUUGAUGAUAAGGAGGCAUUUGUGACAUCUGCCUAUAAGAAAAAACUGCAAGAGAGAGCUGAAGAGGAAGAAAGAGAAAAAAGGGCUGCUGCACUCGAAGCACGUUUGGACAUAACCAAGCAGAAAGAUCUCAGUGGAUUUUAUAGACACCUAUUAAAUCAAGCAGUUGGUGAAGAGGAAGUACCUACAUGCAGCUUUCGUGAAGCCAGGUCUGGGAUAAAGGAAGAGAAAUCAAGGGGUUAUUCUGAUGAAGUAAGUUCGGAGAACAGAAUACCACGUGAGAAAUGCAGUCUCCAAACUGUUGUGCAAGCAGAGGAAAACCCAGAUGCAGACUGUGACUUUUAUGCUCAUAGUGAGGAUGAUGAAAUGGAAGAAAAUAAUAAAGUGAACUGCAGAAUGAAAAAGGUCACAGAGACCUCCGAGAGUGACUCCAAGCAUCAGAGAAAUCAAGCGCACUCACGGUCUUCUAGUGAAGAAAGAGAGCAUGGUACCAAAUGCCACACAAAAAGGUCCAAGUCAGGAGUUCAGGAGAAAAGGGAAGAUCAGCACCAAGGGAGACAAUCCAGGGAUCAUGAGAACUAUUACACUGACCGUGGUUUCCGAAAAGAAAAGAAGGAUUCUCAGAGGCACAGAGAGGUCAGUCACAGAGCUUCUCACUGGAAGAGGAAUGAACACGAAGAUAAACUGAGGGGAAGAGACCAAAGAGAAAGAAAUGACAGAGAUUGGAAAAGGGAGAAAGACAGGGAGAAAUACUCCCCAAGAGAACAAGAAAGAGAUAGACCACGGAAUGAUCAUGACCGACACAGUGAGAAAGGAGGAGAGAAGGAAGAGAAAAGCAAAGAAAAGGAAGAGCGUAUGAAAGCAAGGAAAGACAGAAAUGAAAACAGUGGUAAGUACAGAGAUCGAGAACGAGAAAUAAGUGUUCAGUCUUCGGAAAGAAGCCGAGACAAAAAAGAAAGCAGCCCAAAUUCUAGGGCAAAGGAUAGGUUUCUUGACUGGGAAAGAUCCAAUAAAAUGAGAAAUAUGGAAAAGGACAAAGAAAGAAACCCAGAAAAACCCACCAGUUCUGAAACAUCCCUGGGAGCAAAACACAUACUCACGGAGGGAGGCCAAGAGAUGGGCAGAGAACAAGAGAGACCACGUGAGGUGGGGAACAAGUUCGCAAAGCGAAGCAAUGAAGAGACUGUAAUGUCGGCUAGAGACAGGUACCUGGCCAGGCAAAUGGCACGGGUUAAUGCAAAGACAUAUAUUGAGAAAGAAGACGACUGAUAACUGCCCAAAUA